AUGGCCAAGAAAGCCAAGGCUCGCCUGAUCAACGUCCGUCUGAUCUCCAUGGCCAUGACCGGCUUCUUCUACACCUUCAAGCGCCCUCGGACAUCACCGAUGAUGGGUAUGCUGAAGUACGACCCGAUUGUCCGCAAGAAGGUGCUGUUCCUCGAGACGAAGAAGAGGUCCAAGUGA